AUGAAGAAGCAACCGUCGCGGCUCGCGUCGGGGAUGAAACGGCUCGCGUCCAAGGUGUCGACGGAGAUGCGGGGCCUCAAGCGGACGCACUCCAGCGCGCAGUCGGGCCUGCGCGGCCUGCGCUUCCUCGACAAGACGUCGGGUGGCAAGGACGGCUGGAAGUCCGUCGAGAAGCGGUUCGAAGAGAUGAGCACCGAUGGCCGCCUGCACAAGGAGAACUUCGCCAAAUGCAUAGGUAUGGCCGAUUCCAAGGAGUUUGCAAGCGAGGUGUUUGUGGCAUUGUCUAGGAGAAGACAUAUUAACCCGGACGAUGGUAUAUUAAAAGAACAACUGAAGGAAUUCUGGGAAGAGAUGACGGACCAGAACUUUGAUUCCCGGCUGCGAAUAUUCUUUGACAUGUGUGACAAGAACGGUGAUGGAAAGCUCACAGAAGACGAGGUCAAGGAGGUCAUUCUGCUAAGUGCCUCAGCAAACAAGCUCGCGAAGCUGAAGAACCAUGCUGCGACCUACGCUUCACUUAUCAUGGAAGAGCUGGAUCCUGAUCAUCGCGGUUACAUUGAGAUUUGGCAGCUAGAGACGCUACUCCGAGGGAUGGUGUCGGCCUCAGGGCCACCUGACAAGAUGAACAUGGCGUCGGCAAGUCUGGCGAGGACGAUGGUACCCUCCAGCUACCGGAGCCCACUGCAGAGGCGCAUUAACAAGACCGUCGACUUCGUCCACGAGAACUGGAAGAGGAUAUGGGUGCUCACGCUGUGGGGUAUCCUCAACAUUGCCCUCUUCAUAUUCAAGUUCAUUCAGUACCGGAGGCGUGCAGUGUUUGAGGUGAUGGGCUACUGCGUCUGCAUCGCCAAAGGCGCCGCAGAGACCCUCAAGCUCAACAUGGCGCUCAUACUGCUCCCGGUGUGCCGGAACACGCUGACGUGGCUCCGAUCCACCGCGCUCAGCAAGGUCGUCCCGUUCGACGACAACAUAAACUUCCACAAGGUUAUUGCUCUUGCAAUCGCAAUCGGUUCGGCAACCCAUACGCUUGAACACGUAUUGUGCGACUUCCCCAGGGUGGUCUCGUGCCCCAAGGAAAAGUUCAUGGAGAAGCUGGGGCCCUUCUUCAACUACGUUCAACCAACAUGGCCGAUUCUGUUGACGAGCAUCCCAGGAUGGACCGGAAUCCUCCUGAUCCUGAUCAUGUCCUUCUCCUUCACGCUGGCGACACACUCCUUCCGGAGGAGUGUUGUGAAGCUGCCGUCGCCGCUGCAUCACCUGGCUGGCUUCAACGCCUUCUGGUACGCCCACCACCUGCUGGUCAUCGCGUACAUCCUCCUAGUGAUGCACUCCUACUUCAUAUUCCUCACCAAGCAGUGGUACAAGCGAACGACAUGGAUGUACUUGGCAGUCCCUGUCAUCUUCUAUGCCUCCGAGAGAAGUAUCAGAAAAAUUCGUGAGAAAAGUUAUCACGUGAGCAUAAUCAAGGCAGCAAUUUACCCAGGAAACGUGCUCUCAAUUUACAUGAAGAAGCCAACGAGCUUCAAGUACAAAAGUGGGAUGUACCUGUUUGUAAAGUGCCCAGACGUUUCUCCUUUUGAAUGGCAUCCCUUCUCCAUCACUUCAGCGCCUGGAGAUGACUACUUGAGCGUUCAUAUCCGUACAUUAGGUGACUGGACGUCAGAACUCAGGAAUCUGUUUGGGAAGGCUUGUGAAGCAGAAGUAACUUCUAAGAAGGCUACUCUAGCUAGACUUGAAACAACUGUUGUGGCACAUGGCUUAUCAGAGGAAACUAGGUUCCCGAAAGUCUUCAUAGAUGGCCCUUAUGGUGCACCGGCUCAAAAUUACAAGAAAUACGACAUUCUUUUGCUUAUUGGGCUAGGAAUUGGCGCGACUCCUUUCAUCAGCAUCCUGAAGGACCUCCUGAACAACAUAAAGUCCAGUGAGGAGCUGCAGAGCACGCAUGAUGCCGAGUUAGGUUGCAGUUUCAAGACCAAUGGGCCAGGAAGAGCCUACUUCUACUGGGUUACCAGAGAGCAGGGCUCCUUCGAAUGGUUCAAAGGUGUUAUGAAUGACGUCGCCGAGAGCGAUCGUGAUAAUGUGAUAGAGAUGCACAACUACCUGACCAGCGUGUAUGAGGAAGGCGACGCAAGAUCAGCCCUGAUUGCCAUGGUCCAAUCACUUCAGCACGCAAAGAAUGGUGUUUUCUACUGUGGAUCUCCAACACUUACGAAGACCCUGAGAGAUCUCUCAGUAGAGUUUAGCAAUACAACGACCACCCGAUUCCAUUUCCACAAAGAGAAUUUCUAAGAAGCAACGGCAUGGGCCUGAGCCCUGGCCCGUCUCGUGUGCCCCAGGGCAUUGGUGAUCAAGUCGUGCAGAAGCUAUAGCUGGGGUGGGUGGUCAGGACAAGGCUGUGCCUGUGCAGCAGGUCAGAUUUUGAGUGGCAGAGCCUUUGCUUCGUUGAGCAGGGGAUUUUACUGGACCAAUGCAAGAGCCUUUUUCUUGGCCGGCUUGCUGGGAGCUUGGUCAGUUUUGGUCUUGAAGGCGUGUAUGCCAAACCCAGGGAGAUUCAGCAAUCAGCAUAGAAGUUCCAUGUAGAAAAAUGAUAUGUGUUAUGUAACUUUUUUCUAGUUAUAACUUUUUUAGUUGAAAUGACGAAUUGGGACCAGGUCAGUGGACUGUUUGGAUACGGACACCAAAGACCUGAGUUCGCGUCUACUUCGACCAGAAUGUAGAUGAUAUUUUCUAUUUA